AUGUCAAACAUCUCCAUAUUUUGGGCACAACUCAUUAUCUGGACCGGAAUGGACCUGACACCGCUUGCGCAAGAUCCCACGGAGAAGGCUCAGAUCAGGAUUAUUCUUGACCUGCUGUUGCCGCACGUCAAGCGAUGGAAAGUCUUAAACAUCAGGCUUCUUCACUCUAGCUCCCCUCCGCUCCCAUGUGCCGACUUAGUCGGCCAUGCGGAGGAGCUAGUUCAACUGAACCUCGACUUCAUUAUCCGCGAUGCGGUUAUCUCCCUGGGCGGCGUCCACUUCCACGAAGCAUACGUGGAGCCUCUCCGCCGGUCGCUGAUACCACCCAAGCUUCGCUUCCUCACUCUCACCGACUGGCACCACAUACCUGGCCCCCUCACCGAUCUCCUGCAGGCUCUCGUGGCCUGCCCGAGCGUGGGUCUAGUCUACUUCAUGAACCUCCAGCUCGACGUCUCUCACACUGGACCACCCCUCUCGUGCGCAUACUACUGGGGUGCCAACGUGAGCUUCACUGGUAUGUCCGGAGACGCCAUCGCGGAGUUCAACCGCCUCCUCGACUAUCCCUACCUCGAGGACUAG